AUGGGAGACCGACCAGCUAUCUAUGUCCAUCUAGAAAUGGGCCUAUCACUGCCCAAGAUUAUGUCCAAAGACCGACAUAUCACUUACAUUUCCAAGAGCAUGCGCGAUCGAGCAAACCAGUUUCCCCGACAGUUGCCUCCUACAAAUACCAACUACCUCAACGCUCCAUCGCAGUAUCAAGCCGGUAAUCAGCAAAUGCUCAGACAGACGCAGUUACCCCAGGAUCAAUUGCAGCAUCAAUUCGCUUACCGUGUUAGCAAUAUCCCUCCUCACACAUACGGUAGAGACCCUGUGCCGGCUGGUUUAGUUCAGGAACAGUCAUACCAGCCAUACCGUCCCCAACAAGUACAGCACGAUAUUAGAGAAUACUACGCCCCUGUUCCGUCAGCAGCAGCACAACAAGGCACUCUACAGCCGGACGAGGUUCCGCGUAGCUCGAGAUCGACGAGCCGUGGUUCACACGAGCGUGGCAAAUCUGCACCCCCGCCUCUAAACAGCAGCCCCUGGGACAUGAGCCCGUCCCAUGCGUCAGGGAGCGAACCUCACCUCUGGAAAGCUCUUCCUGCAACCCCAAAUCAGUUUCGCCUUGGAGAAGGCGACAUGCCGUGGGACUCGUGGACAUUCCCCAUGGGCAUCGAUGAUAACAAUGAAGAGGACGAUCACGGCGAAGGAGGGGAUGGACGUAUACGCUCGCGUGAAGCCAGUAUUCGAGCAACAUGGGGACCCGAAUUUCCAGGUGAAUACUCACGUCCCAGCCAAUUCGUGCAAGUAGACGAUAGGGCGACGGGUAAAGCAAAGGAUAUACAGUCUCUGGCUUCGGCAUUAAUGACUGUCGAUAACGGGUUUGAGGAUCAGUGGUGGUAUCAGGGCCCUCGUCUAGUCAAUAUCCAUGGAAAUGUCAUGGUACCAACGGCGGUGCCCAAGUCCAGCUUUCACCCCGACCACCAGCAAAGCUCUGUGGGAUGGGCAGUCUCGCAUGAGGAAGCGCAGAGGCUGAAGGAUCAGAACGAUCAGCACCAAUUGCAGCAGAAACGCCAAGAGCAGCAACGAAGACGGCAACGUCACUUGUCAUUUCAAGAACAGCAACUCGAAUCGUUUGUGCCAUCAGACGCAUCUCUCCAGCUCGUGUCUCCCCAUUCCCUUUCAGGCACGGGUACCGCUGACAUUGUGUCGCCUUUGAGUGAUUACCCGAGCCCGUUGUCAAAUUAUGGUGGCUUGCGACGCUCUUUGACCACCCGCUCUGACGAACUUCACCUGUAAAUCGAAUAGGUGUUGCCAUCCGCUGGGCGUGACGAUUGGGUUCCAGGCCUGGUUCGGGACGCGACUUUGGGCCAGCACCACAUCUGAACGCGGUCUAACUAUUCACGAAGUGCCCGAGUCUCUCGUGACCAAUUGCAAGCUCUUGCUGGAAUGCGGAAAUAUUGUUGGAUUCCUGGACAAAACGAAUAGGUGGAAUGCGGAGGGACGACUGAUCGUGAUGGUAUAAGCACAUGUAUACAUCAAUCGACAACUCUCGGCGUGCCUGCCGAAACAGUGGUUCUCGAGCGGCGGCCCUCCAAGUCUCUAAGAGAUACCUAUGGAUGUCUUGAUUUGAGAAGACUUGAGUGGACUAUAAUGACUUAUUUUUGGGUAGCAUCCUGUAUAACUUAUGAAUACUGGCGUGCGGAUAGGGUGCUCACUAGGGCUGGAAUUUGGAUAUCUCUUUAAUUGCGAAGGAAAGCUCCUCUUAAAGGCUGACGUAAUAACUAAGGAUUUCUCAUC